CACUGAUUACACAACACCACGCCCGCCAUCCACAGCAACUCACCCAGCAGCCCUCUCGCCAUUUCCCUCUCGUCUUCCUAUUCCUUCUACACCUACAAAGCGCUCGAAGCUUAGCCAGCGGCCCCUCACCCCACGCAGACCGCAAACAUGCCCAGCGCCACGGGCUCGAGCUGGGAGAAGUACCAGAAGAACUUCGCAGACGACGAGGUCGAGGAGAAGAAGAUCACGCCUCUUACCGACGAGGACAUUCAGGUGCUGAAGACGUAUGGCGCGGCACCCUACGGCGCGGAGCUCAGGAAGCUCGAGAAGGAGAUCAAGGACAAGCAGCAGACAAUAAACGAGAAGAUCGGCGUUAAGGAAUCAGAUACCGGACUAGCACCACCACAUCUCUGGGACAUCGCCGCCGACCGGCAACGAAUGCAAGAAGAGCAGCCCCUGCAAGUCGCCCGCUGCACCAAGAUAAUACAAGAUGAGAAGGACUCCGAGAAGAGCAAAUAUGUCAUCAACGUCAAGCAGAUCGCCAAGUUCGUUGUCAACCUCGGAGAGCGCGUGUCACCUACAGAUAUUGAGGAGGGCAUGCGCGUGGGCGUCGACCGCAACAAGUACCAAAUCUUGCUUCCUCUGCCACCCAAGAUCGAUCCCUCGGUUACAAUGAUGACGGUCGAAGACAAGCCGGAUGUCACAUACGGAGAUGUGGGAGGUUGCAAGGAGCAGAUCGAGAAGCUGCGAGAAGUCGUCGAGAUGCCUCUCCUGUCACCGGAACGCUUUGUCAACCUCGGUAUUGACCCCCCGAAGGGUGCGCUUCUCUAUGGACCUCCGGGAACCGGAAAGACACUCUGCGCGCGAGCCGUUGCCAACCGUACAGACGCCACCUUCAUCCGUGUCAUCGGAUCAGAGCUAGUCCAGAAGUACGUUGGUGAGGGAGCUCGCAUGGUCAGAGAGCUUUUCGAGAUGGCACGGACAAAGAAAGCGUGCAUCAUCUUCUUCGACGAGAUUGAUGCUGUGGGUGGAGCGCGUUUCGACGACGGCGCAGGAGGCGACAAUGAAGUGCAGCGUACCAUGUUGGAGCUGAUCACACAACUCGAUGGUUUCGACGCGCGAGGAAACAUCAAGGUCAUGUUCGCCACAAACAGGCCCUCUACUCUCGAUCCCGCACUCAUGCGUCCCGGACGUAUCGACCGAAAGAUCGAGUUCUCGCUGCCCGACAUGGAGGGUCGCGCCAAUAUCCUUCGCAUUCACGCGAAGAGUAUGAGCGUCGAGCGCGACAUCCGUUGGGAGCUCAUCUCGCGUCUAUGCCCGAACAGCACAGGCGCCGAGCUGAGGAGUGUCGCUACAGAGGCGGGCAUGUUCGCGAUUAGGGCUAGAAGAAAGGUUGCUACCGAGAAGGACUUUCUGGCUGCUGUGGACAAGGUCAUCAAGGGCAAUCUGAAGUUCAACUCUACCGCAACUUACAUGCAGUACAAUUAGAGCGGGUUAGACAGGAAAGAGAACACUGCAUCACGGAUGGGGAGCUUGACUCUUGUAUGACUAGAUAUCACGAUCGAGCUAUGAACAUAGCCAUAAUGCAUCUUUUGACAGUUCA